GUAAAGUGUGAUAAGGAUUUAACAUAAUUCUCUGAUGAAACAAAGCAAAAGAGAUGGUGAGAGUAUAAAGAACCGAGGUGUUGUGACUGAGGACAGGAUCAGUGAGUUACCUGAAGCUCUGAUUCUGCGGAUAUUGUCUUUGCUUCAUACAAAAGUUGCCAUAUCCACGAGUGUUUUGUCUAAACAAUGGCAGUCUCUUUGGAAGAUGCUGCGUAACCUCAAGUUUGAUCACAGAAUCGAACGCGAAUUCGGGAAUGUUUUCAGGUGUUUGCUAUCUCACAAGGCUCCGGGUUUACAGAGUUUUCAUCUCAAUGUUAAAUUAGAUGGACGUCAUAAUGCAAUGGAUACUGGAAUCUUGAUUGGAAUCGCAUUAGCCCGCAAUGUGCGUGAGUUGGUACUCGAAGUUUGCUCUGACAACGAGCAUGUCACAUUACCUAAAUGCUUGUAUAAAUGUGAAACACUAGAGACUUUGAAACUCUUGACUCGGGUUACUAUGGAUGUCCCUUCAACAGUGUGUAUGAAAUCCCUUAGAACUCUGCACAUCCACUACAUAGACUUCAUGGACGAGAAAUCCCUUCUUAACCUUUUAUCUGGCUGCCCUAAUCUUGAAAAUUUGGAAAUGCAUAGAAGUCUAGGUAAUAGCGUGAAUUUUUUCAAUAUUGCAGUGCCAUCAUUACAGAGACUAUCAAUUUAUGAUGUCUAUUACGGAUAUGAUCAUAACAGCUAUGUGAUAAAUGCUCCUUCUUUGAAAUACUUGAAACUUGACGGGUUCAAAACUCCUGAGUCGUGUCUGAAGAUUGAGAACUUACCUGAGUUGGUGGAGGCACGUAUUUAUAAUGUCUCCGAGAAGCUUAUGGGAUCUCUAACUUCAGUUAAACGUCUUUCCUUGGCUUUAUCACCCUUAGAGAUGACGUUUCUUACACGUAACAUCUUCAACCAGCUUGUCUAUUUGGAGCUCUGGAUAAAUAAGGAAGGAUGGUGGAAUUUUCUUACCCUCAUGCUAGUUUGUUCUCCUAAUUUGCAAUUCCUCAAGCUCAAAGCUCCGUCGACUCAGAAGUAUUUUCUUGCUGGAAAAUGGAAUGAACCAAAGAAUGUUCCUGAAUGCUUGUUGCUUCAUCUUGAGACAUUCAUGUGGGAAGGCUACGGAUGGGAACGGCAAGUUGAGGUUGAAGUGGCUAAAUAUAUCUUAAGUAACACAAAUCAUUUGAAGAGGGCUACUUUUUCACGUCAACAAAUCCGUUCUAAAGAUAGGCUUGUGGUGGUCAAUGAUUUGAAAAGUGUUGUCAAGGCUACAAAUUCAUGUCAGUUUCAAUUCAAGUGA